CCUCUUCCUCGGCUCAUCCAUCCCCACCAGUGUGUGUAGCUCCAAAACAUGGCGGCCCUCAAAGCACUGUGCAGAGCGGAGACUGUGCUCUUCAAAAACCUCCCCGGUCCCCGCAGAGCCAAAUUAAACUUCGCCAACCACCAAUUCAGCAAGACCUGUGGCUGUUACUUUUCCACCUCCGGCCAGAGAAGCUCACAGUUCUACUCGGACCCUACAGAGGCAGUAAAAGAUAUCCCUAAUGGAGCUACCAUUCUGGUGGGAGGCUUUGGAUUAUGUGGUAUUCCAGAGAAUCUUAUCAACAGUUUGCUGAAGACCGGUGUUAAGGGCAUCACUGCUGUCAGUAAUAAUGCUGGAGUGGAUAACUUCGGCCUCGGCCUGCUGCUCCAGACUAAGCAGAUCAAGAGGAUGAUCUCCUCAUAUGUCGGAGAGAACGCAGAGUUUGAGCGUCAGUAUCUGGCGGGGGAGCUGGAAGUGGAGCUAACGCCACAGGGAACUCUUGCUGAGAGGAUCAGGGCUGGGGGCGCUGGCAUUCCAGCCUUCUUCACAGCCACUGGCUAUGGUACUCUGAUCCAAGAGGGAGGCUCUCCUAUUAAGUACAACAAAGACGGCAGCAUUGAAAUCGCCAGUGAGAAGAGAGCGGUGCAGGAGUUCAACGGCCGGCACUACAUCAUGGAAAAGGCCAUCACUGGAGACUAUGCUCUGAUCAAGGCAUGGAAAGCGGACAGGGCAGGAAACAUUGUUUUCAGGAAAACAGCCCGAAACUUCAACCAGCCCAUGUGUAAAGCGGCCAAGACCACCAUAGUUGAGGUGGAGGAGAUGGUGGAUGUCGGGACUUUUGCCGAAGAGGACAUCCACAUACCCAGCAUCUACGUCCACAGGAUUGUCCAGGGAGCCAGCUACGAGAAAAGGAUCGAGAAACGCACGGUAAAGAAAAGCCAAGCAGACAAGCCCAAACCAAAGAAGGAUUCAGACAUCGUUCGGGAAAGGAUCAUUCGCAGGGCUGCUCUGGAGUUUGAGGAUGGAAUGUAUGCUAACCUUGGUAUUGGCAUCCCCAUGCUGGCCAGCAACUUUAUAAAACCCGACAUCACGGUACACCUCCAGAGUGAAAAUGGAAUUCUGGGACUGGGGCCGUACCCCACGGAGGACGCAGUGGAUGCAGACCUCAUUAAUGCCGGGAAGGAGACUGUCACAGUGCUCCCCGGGGCUGCCUACUUCUCCAGUGAUGAGUCAUUUGCCAUGAUCCGAGGGGGUCACAUCAACCUGACAAUGCUUGGAGCCAUGCAGGUGUCAAAACACGGAGAUCUAGCCAACUGGAUGAUCCCAGGUAAGAUGGUCAAGGGAAUGGGAGGAGCCAUGGAUCUGGUGGCUAGCGCUGGAACCAAGGUGGUGGUCACCAUGGAGCACUCAGCCAAGGGGGGAAAGCACAAGAUCUUGGACAAAUGCAAGCUGCCUUUGACAGGGAAACAGUGCGUGGACCGGAUCAUCACAGAAAAGGCUGUGUUUGAUGUGGAUAAGACAAAAGGCCUGACUCUGAUAGAAAUCUGGGAGGGGCUUACUCCUGAGGAUAUCAAGGCAUGUACUGGCACAGAUUUCGAGGUGUCUCCCAACCUGAGGCCCAUGCAGCAGAUCUGAAGGAGCUCCUAGUGACUCUGAGAUGUGUUUUCGGUUUGUGUCGCUUCAUUUCGCAGUGAUAAACAGCUGGUGAUUUAACAGGCUAAGAUGGGUCAAUUAACCAAACACAAAUGCCUCAGUUCCCUGGUAAUCAGUAUGCAAAUAUCAGAGGGAUUUAGUUCUCAGUAAUAUCAACUGAAUGGGGACUCAUCAGAGCCGGCAUGCGUAGUUCUGUUUGUGGUCUAGUCUGACAAACCAUUAGGGAACAUUACCUUGUUGCCUAUCACACCAUUAAGUUAUGAAUUUUUACCUAUAUUUGCGUGCAAUUACCAAACAAUCAGGUUGAAUGCAUUAAAAGUGGCUGUAUUCUCUGUAUGUCUUCCAGGAAAAAUGCAACUUUACUUGUUUUUUUUGAGCAGAAAUGAUACUAUAACUCUCCUGAAUCACAUUUACUGUAAGAUUAGCAAGUUACUGUAAUAAGGUACAACCUAAAUGUAAUAAAUAUAGGACACAGCUGUACUCUAGGUCAAGUAAUUUCCUCAUUUGUAAGGAACAUUGUGUGUGGUUGUUUAGAUUCGUGCUGCACCCAUAACAAAAAAAAAAAAAAGUUCUUUACAUUAUGGAGCCAUUGUAAGAUAUCAUUUUGCUUUUCCUCACUUCCAAAACAAAGGAGAUCCAGUAGCAUGGAUCUAACCGAGAUAUGUUUGUAAUAAUCACUUCUGCCAAAAGGUCAGCCUGCCUCUCAUUCUCUAAACCUCUGAUAUCGGUUAAGCUCAGCUGGAAACAUCAAGCCUUAACAGUUUUCUAACUCUUGCUGUUCUUCUGCUUUUGUACAUACAAUAAAACAGAGUGCAGAGUGAAACAAG